AUGAUGAAAAGUUCAAUUGUUUCUAGUUCACAACCACGAUCAAUUGCUGUUGGUGAUUUUAAUCAUGAUCAUCAAAUGGAUUUUGUUGUAGCAAAUUCUGGUACAAAUAGUAUUGGAAUAUUUCUUGCACAAGACAAUGAAACAUUUACAAAUCAACAAAUAUAUCCAACUGGAUUCGACUCUCGUCCUUAUUCGUUGGUUGUUAAUGAUUUUAAUAAUGAUAAUUAUUUAGAUAUUGCUGUUGCUAAUUAUGGUACCAAUAAUAUUGGAGUAUUUUUAGGAAAUAAAAAUGGAAAAUUUGCUAAUCAAAGUGUAUUUUCACUUAAUUCUUCUCGUCCAUUUUUCAUUACUGUUGGUGAUUUCAAUAAUGAUAAUCAAACGGAUAUUGUUGUAGCUAACCCUGAUUCUGAUACUGUUAGUAUCCUUCUUGGAAAUGGUGAUGGAUCAUUUCAAGAUCAAAUAACUUAUUCUACUGGUUAUGAUUCUUUUCCAUAUGCAUUAGUGGUUAGUGAUUUCAACAAAGAUAAUCAAUUAGAUAUUGCUGUGGCUAAUUAUGGUACUGACAAUAUUGGUAUUUUUCUUGGAUAUGGUAAUGGGACAUUUGCAAGUCAAAAAACUUAUACAACUACUCUUAAUUCGAAACCAUCUUCGAUCACUGUUGGAGAUAUAAAUAAUGAUAAUAAUCUCGAUAUUAUAGUCACACAUUAUGGUACUGGCAAGAUUGGUAUAUUUUUUGGUUAUGAUGAUGGUACAUUUGCAAAACAAACUACGUUCUUAAUAAGUUCCAAAUCUCAUCCAUAUUAUAUUACUCUUGGUUAUUUUGAUAAGGACAAUCAACUAGAUAUUGUUGUUGUUGAUUCAGAAAACGAUCAAGUACAUAUUCUUCUGCAAUAUGAUAAUAGAACAUUUGUUACAACAACGUAUGAUGGAAUAAAUGAAUCUCGUCCAGUCUUUGUUGCUGUAGCAGAUUUUAAUAAAGACAAUCAAUCAGAUAUUGUUAUAGCCACCUAUGGUACUAAUAAUGUACUUAUACUUAGUCAAUAUUUUAUAAAACCAUCAGUAAGACAAAUGAAUUAUCUUGUUGAAAAAGAUUCCCGUUCAUCUUCGAUUGUUAUUUAUGAUUUUAACAAUGAUGAUCGAUUAGAUUUAUUAGUUAAUGAUUUUAAUGAUAAUAGUUUACUUUUACUAACUGGUAAUGAUGAUGGAACUUUUAAGCGAACAACAACGUAUUCGANCGAUAGAGAAAACUUUUCUCUAUCUAACUGUGCUUUUAGUUUUUUCCAAAAAAGUGUUUCUACCGAGAAAUAA